AUGGACUUCCUUGAUGAACAUUGUGGUCGAACUCUGCAUGUGGGGAGUUAUAUCCGACUCCAGGCGUCCAAAGACAACCAUCUGCGGCCAGACUUGACAUGUCUAGUGCGCCUUUCUGCAACAUCUGGAGAUUCUGCGAGGAUUCACACUCGCUUCCUCAGUAUCGACUUGUCUUUACGAACAUUAAAAUGUGAGAAGACAAGGAUAGAACUUUACGAAGGAACAAGAAAUGCAAAUCCGCUUACACCAAUCAACGGACUUUGUGGGGACUUUCUUAACAAAACAUACAGCUACAUUACUGUCAAUGAGAGUAUCAUGACCUUUAAUUUGACAACGGGUCCUUCUACCAAAGAUGGUUCAUUUGAUGCAAUUAUAACGAACUUCCAUGAAGUCGAAGAAGAUGAGAAGUGUUUAUAUAAGUGGUGGAAAUGUCGAAAUGGACGUUGUGUGGAUCCGUCAACCAAAUGCAACUCGUUUGAUAAUUGUGGAGACAACACUGAUGAGACAUACGAAACAUGUAAUACAACAAUGUAUUUUUAUGAAAACUGUGGACAGGAAAUCCACGUUUACGAUUCUGUACAUUUAAAACUGAAGCGAAAUGAGGGCUAUUUGAUUCCGGACAUAUUGUGUGAUAAUAUUGUGGUAGCCCAUGGUAAAUUUCCGGACCUUGGCGAGGUUGUUAGUGUUUAUGCCCAUUUUCGUUCUAUAAAUCUUUCACAGCCGGAGGAUGGGGUGUGCAAGUCCGCUAGAAUUGAUAUUUACAGUGGAUUAGGAAACAAAAAGAACCUAACAGGAAGUGAAGGGCUUUGUGGGAGUUCGUUAACAAUUGCAGACUACUCUACCAAAGACGAUAAUUUUAUGCCUAUAGAAUUCAAGACAGAUAUAAUCAAACAACAUGGAAAGUUUGAAAUAAUUCUUUCCAGUUUUCAUACACCCACUUCAGGGACUUGUUUAUCGGGUGAAUUCCAUUGUAAAAACGGAUGGUGUGUGGACUCUACGGUAGAGUGUGACGGUUAUCAGAACUGUGGUGACAACAGUGACGAGAGUGAUCAGCUGUGCAAAAAGAAACCAAUCAAACCUACCAAAGAAGGGGAGACAUCGAAUAAAACUGGGACAAUCGUGUUGGGUAUUUUGUUGGUUUUUUCCGAUGAAGCUGGUUGUCUGAUAAGGGCAAAGUGCUACAGGUCUCAAAGGAAAAAUGAGAGCCCACAUGAAAUGAAGGUUUUGAUGAACAGUGACAAAAUUGAGCAUUCAUUCUGCACAUGCACUAUUGGACAAAGUGGCAAUUGUGGACAUGUUAGUACUCUCUUGUAUCAGAUUGCUCAUUAUAAAAGGUGA